CCCUGUGAAGUUGGAAACGGUCGAAAAUAGUUACGCUUGAAAUGAUUCGUAAAUUUCCCGAUUUGAGGUGCAAGAUGCUCAUUAACCGGGCCGUCGUGAACCGCUUGAACUCGCAAUGUGGCAUGGCCACUGGCCUGAUGUGCCGCAAGAAGCCGCAGGUGCUGUCAGACGGUGUCGUCGUCGCUUCCAUCAAAAUGCAGAAUCUUGGCAAGGUUCGUCUGGAUUCCCGACGCAGCUUCGUGACGUCGCAGAUGCUGCUUGAGAAGGAGCACCCUUUUGUCCCAAAAAAGCCGGAGACCAAGGGACAGACAUCGCCUGAGGCCACUGCUGAUACCGAGGGGACACAGGCUCCCACAGCUAGCGAUGGUGAUGGUCCUUCUGAUUCUACCACCAAAUUCUCCAUGUCCCGCUUGGCCAAUAGCCUCCUGAGCCGCAACCAGUCGGGCCAAGCUCUCAACAUUCACGAUCUUGGCACGGCUAACAUGGAGUUCCGACGUAGCUUCAUGACGUCGCAGAAGCUGCUUGAGAAGGAAUUCCCUUUUGUCCCAAAAAAGCCGGAGACCAAGGGACAGACAUCGCCUGAGGACACUGCUGAUGCCGAGGGGACACAGGCUCCCACAGCUAGCGAUGGUGAUGGUCCUUCUGAUUCUACCACCAAAUUCUCCAUGUCCCGCUUGGCCAAUAGCCUCCUGAGCCGCAACCAGUCGGGCCAAGCUCUCAACAUUCACGAUCUUGGCACGGCUAACAUGGAGUUCCGACGUAGCUUCAUGACGUCGCAGAAGCUGCUUGAGAAGGAAUUCCCUUUUGUCCCAAAAAAGCCGGAGACCAAGGGACAGACAUCGCCUGAGGACACUGCUGAUGCCGAGGGGACACAGGCUCCCACAGCUAGCGAUGGUGAAGGCCCUUCUGAUUCGACCACCAAAUUCACCUCAGUGUUGGAUGUGGAGGCCAAUCUAUUGAAAUUGAGGAACAAGAUACUCGUGCACCGUGCCACCAUGUCCCGAUUGGCCACUAGCCUCCUGAGCCGCAAGCAGUCGGACCUGCAGCUCCGUCGCAGCUUUCUAACAUCGCAGACGCUGCUUGAGAAGGAAUUCCCUUUUGUCCCAAAAAAGCCGGAGACCAAGGGACAGACAUCGCCUGAGGACACUGCUGAUGCCGAGGGGACACAGGCUCCCACAGCUAGCGAUGGUGAAGGCCCUUCUGAUUCGACCACCAAAUUCACCUCAGUGUUGGAUGUGGAGGCCAAUCUAUUGAAAUUGAGGAACAAGAUACUCGUGCACCGUGCCACCAUGUCCCGAUUGGCCACUAGCCUCCUGAGCCGCAAGCAGUCGGACCAAGCUGACCUGCAGCUCCGUCGCAGCUUUCUGACAUCGCAGACGCUGCUCGAGAAGGAGCACCCCUUUGUCCCAAAAAAUCCGGUGACCACGGAGGACGCCAAGGGACAGUCAUCGCCUGAGGCCACUGCUGAUGCCGAAGGGACACAGGCUCCCACAGCUAGCGAUGGUGACGGUCCUUCCUUCACCAGCUCUGUGGUGGAUUUGGACGGCAAUCCAAUUCAGCCCAUUGAGAUCGAUGCUUGGAAUCAGGACGGUGAGAGCGAUCCCACUGUCCAGAACAGCACUCACGUCGACAUUGGCGACGACGACGAAUACAAUGCCGAGAUGGCACUCAAGGUACCGAAGACCCGUGAAGCCGAGUUCUCGUACAAGGGGAUAACCGUAAAGCUGCCAGAGUCCGCUUCCCAGGAUAUGGGCACCUAUCGCUUCCGCCGCGAUACCGAGGAUCUGGAGACCCUCGCCGAUGACAUGCGCAUCAUUAAAUUUGACAAAAAGUAGGGAUUCAUAGAUUCCCUGCUACACGAAUUCUUGGAUCCAACCGCUUGAUCCACACACCUACACUUGUUCAAUACUUAGCCUACAAUAUUUCUCCCUUAACAAAGUCACGCAUCAAACAAUGCAAUUGCCGGCCGGCACAAUUACUACAAUAAAGAAUCAGUUAAUCAGCGUAA